GCCUCCUGGGACCGUGGCCGGGGUUCGAGGAGAGACCUCGGCACCUACCUGGCUGCAGGAUGAAGCUGGCCACCAGCUCCCUGAUUCUGUGGCUGAGCCUGGGGGGUGGCCUGGCACAGAGCGACACCAGGCCUGACGCAGAGGAGUCCUAUUCCGACUGGGGCCUCCGGCACAUCCGGGGCAGCUUCGAGUCUGUCAACGGCUACUUCGACUCCUUUCUGGAGCUGCUGGGAGGGAAGAAUGGGGUCUGUCAGUACCGGUGCCGCUACGGAAAGGCUCCGAUGCCCAGACCUCACUACAAGCCGCAGGAGCCCAAUGGCUGCAGCUCCUACUUCCUGGGUCUCAAGGUACCAGAAAGUAUGGACUUGGGCAUUCCAGCAAUGACCAAGUGCUGCAACCAGCUGGAUGCCUGUUACGACACCUGCGGUGCCAACAAGUAUCGCUGUGAUGCCAAAUUCCGGUGGUGCCUCCACUCUAUCUGCUCUGACCUAAAGCGAAGUCUGGGCUUCGUCUCCAACGUGGCAACAUGUGAUUCUCUGGCUGAUACCGUGUUUAAUACUGUAUGGACCUUGGGCUGCCGGCCCUUUAUGAAUAGUCAGCGGGCAGCCUGCAUCUGCGCAGAAGAGGAGAAAGAAGAGUUAUAGGGAAGGUGUUUCCUUUUUGGUUUUGAGUUGACACCACGGCUGUCAGUCUCGGAGAUGGUAGUGUGGCAGAUGUGUCUCAUCCUUUCUUCCAAGAGUUUGGAUACCACCAAGCAGGAGAAAGGAGAUAGUCUACAGCUGAAAAGCGAGUCCCAUCCUUUGAGGAUAAUUGGAAAAAAGACGUGGAGUGAACUGAAGGCUACUCGUCGCUUUAACACUGGUCCCUCCAACCAAGACACAUUUGCCUGGAAAUUCAGUUCUUAACUUAAAGACUAAAAUAAAGA